AUGACAGACGAACACCAUCUCUCGGCUCUGGAGAAAGAAAUUGAAGCAACAGAGCGAGAUUCCAGUCCGGAACGAACAACAACAGAUGAAGAAGCGGUGCAGGACAAGGACAAGGACAACAACGACAACGACACAAGAGAAGAUGCCCUCCUCGAGCGUGAAGAAGCUCCUCCCGAUGGAGGAUACGCAUGGGUCUGCUGCGGCGCACUCGCCAUUCUCAAUGCCUUCACGUGGGGUGUCGCAGCUUCCUACGGAGUCUACAUCUCACACUACCUCGCCAACGACUACUUCCCCGGCGCCCGACCGCUGGACUUUGCGUUGAUCGGUGGGUUGGAAUUCGGUGUGGCAAUGAUCAUCUCCCCGCUUUGCACCAUGCUCACGCGCGAAUGGGGUCGCUUGGUGGUCAUGUCUACGGGCUGUGUCAUGUUUGCUGGGGGUUUCAUCGCGGCCAGCUUCGCGAGUGAGAUCUGGCAGCUGUAUUUGAGUCAGGGAGUUUUGAUUGGAUUGGGACUGGGAGGGAUUUUCAUUCCGAGCAUUCAAGUCUUGCCGCAGUGGUUUGCGAAACGGAGGAGUCUAGCGGGAGGCAUUGCGAGUGGUGGGUCCGGAUUUGGAGGGUUGGCGUUUAGCUUGGGCACGAAUGCUAUGAUUGAGCAGAUUAGCCUGCGGUGGGCACUGCGGAUCACUGGUAUACUGUGCUUGGUGGGCAAUUUGACGGCAACGCUGCUGGUCAAGGAUCGGAAUCAUGUGGUGAAGCCACCGCAACUGGGCUUUGCCACACAUCUCCUCCGGAGAUAUGAUUGCGUCUUGCUGCUUGCGUGGGGUUUCGUCAAUCUGUUUGGCUACAUGGCAGUAUUGUAUAGCCUGAGCAACUAUGCUGUGGCCGUGGCGGGCCUGACGCAGUCGCAGGCGAGUCUCUUGACUGCCAUACUGAAUCUGGGCACGGGGUUUGGACGACCUCUUGUCGGCCUGGCGAGCGAUCGACUGGGUCGGAUUGAGGUGGCAGCAUGCUCCACUCUGUUCAAUGCCAUCCUGAUCUUCGCCGUCUGGAUUCCUGGCAAUAGUUACGGCGUCUUGAUCUUCUUUGCGAUUGUUGCUGGCGCCUUCAUCGGGACCUUCUGGAUGACCAUUGGACCACUAUGCGCAGAGGUCGCUGGUCUCGCCGAGGUACCAUCAUUCCUCUCAUUGCAAUGGCUGACGACAGUGCUGCCCACGACAUUUGCGGAAGUGAUUGCGCUGUAUCUUCGCCGACCGAGCAUGGGCCGAUGGGGCUAUCUGUACGCGCAGGUAUUUGCAGGCAGCAUGUAUCUGGUGGCAUCAUUCUUUCUAUUUGAGCUGUGGAGGGUGAAGCGCAGUAAGAAGUAG